AUGACAGAUGUUCCCGUGAUUAGCGCUCUUUCCUUCAUUAACGACGAAUGGGGCCAAAAGUACGAACUGUAUUCUCCCGGCAGGAACUACUUGUACACGGGCAAAGUUCCGCAGGUCGGGCAGCUCACCGAAACGCUCGUCGUUGACUUUAUGGGAAACCAGUUUCAGCUUUCGGGAAUCGUCGCCGAGGUUAAUCCUAUCGAAACUUGGAAGGCAUCGAUUUCCAACGGAAUUCGGGAAUUACGGGAUCAAGCUAGCCUGUACGUUCAAGACACGAGUGCGACACCCUGUAUUGUGGGAUUCGGGCUCGCCACGAUAGCGGCUCCGUCUAGGGAUCCGACGACGGCUACCCUCAAACAGGGCGUGGGUCUGCAAAAGGGCCGAAUAUACCGGAUCGAGUAUAAGGCCGACGACACACGCCAGAAUUUAUACACCGUGCAGAGGGUCACCGAGUUGCCCAUGGAGUACGUGCACAUGUUGCCACCCAUCGCGAUAGACUUUUUUCUUCACAACUCGGCACUCUGGCAAGUGUAGUGGCAGGUCUCCACGAACGACGCUUUGUGUUAUGGGAGCUAUACGUUACCGACACAAUGAAUGCGCGAAAGACCAACAACUAAUGAAAAAGAUUCGGACAGCCUUGUACACUAUUCACAUAAGGAUAUAGAACAGACCACCAUUUUAAAAUAAAAGCCGCUCAGAUGCU